UCAACCUCGUCCCGCUGCGUCGGUGCAACUCUUUCAUUUCGCAUCCAUCACGACUUUUUCCCUCCAAGGUCUUCAAAGUUCAAGAUCUCCACAUCCCGUUUGACCGGAGACGUGCAGGUGCAGUUUGCAGGAAGACAAGCCAAUGUUCGUCCUGCGCGGCACCGCGGCUACCGGCCUUGUCUUGCCUCGGGUGCGCCACCGAUCUUGCGGCGGACCUGA